AUGGGUGCACUUUUCAGCAGUCUUUUCAGCAAACUUUGGGGAGAAAAGGAAGUUCGUAUCUUGAUUUUAGGUCUUGAUGGUGCAGGCAAAACCACCAUCCUCUACAGACUGCAGAUUGGAGAAGUCGUGUCUACUAUUCCCACUAUUGGCUUCAAUGUUGAAACUGUUACUUACAAGAACAUCAAAUUCCAAGUGUGGGAUUUAGGCGGACAAACCAGUAUAAGACCUUAUUGGAGAUGUUAUUAUUCUAAUACCGAUGCAGUCAUCUACGUCGUCGACAGUGUGGAUAAGGAUCGUAUGCAAACAUCAAGGGAAGAAUUGCAUGCCAUGUUGGAAGAGGAGGAAUUAAAGGAUGCCGCCCUUUUGGUUUUUGCAAAUAAGCAGGAUAUGGAGGGUGCUUUAUCCGCUGCAGAAGUUGCCGAUGCACUCGGUUUGUCGACCUUGAAGAACAGACAAUAUUCCAUCUACAGAACCAGUGCAUUGAAGGACGAAGGUUUAACAGAAGGUUUAGAUUGGCUUGUCAACAUCAUUCAAGAAAACAAGAAAUAG